GAAUGUUAAUUUUCUGGAAGUUCCUGUUUGCAGAAGAUCAAAUCCACUACGAGAAAGAUCCAAUCCACCCCGUCAACAAUGUCUCGGACAUUGAGCCUUACAGCCCGAAAUCCACAGACACGGUCAUAUGUGACGUGUUGGGUAUAUUCUUUAUCUGCACCUGGAUAAUAUCCACAUCUCUUAACCCUCUCCUCUACUGGUACUUCAGAGGAAUCAAGAGGAGCUCCAGUGCAGAGCUCAAGAAAUAUCUUGCAGUUACAGACUUCCUGACAAAUGUUUGGGCCCCGCUUGCCUACACCUACUUCAUGCUGCUCGGUGAUCUAGUGCCCCUGUCUCAUGUCGUGUUAAGGUACGUCCGCACCUGGACCUGCAUCUUCGGUUGUUUUUCUCAGAUUAUAGGUUUCCUGCUUGCAGUCACCAGAACCAGCAAGAUAAUGUUCCCUUUCUUCAAUUUUAAGCAAAGAUACGUGAUGAUAUACUUGGGGUGUUACUUUGCCUACAUGAUUCUCAAUAAUGGAGCUUAUUUUGUUGUCAGCGAGUUCUUUCUCAACGAGACUUGGGGCAUCAAGUUACUGAAGAUCGGGUUUGAACUGUGUUUUUGGGCGAACUUUACCCACUGCUGCGCUGGACUGUUCAUAUCUGUCUUCACUGUGGUAUAUCUUUACUUCACUACCAGGAACAGUCCGGGUAAAAAGAACGCAAAGUACAUGACGAGCUGCAUUACCAUUCUGUUCAUCAACAUACCCUACUUCAUAUCAGUUACCGGCCUGGUCCUCGUCAUGUGGUUCCUGCCUCCCCACGUUAGCCUCCACGAGAUAAUCUUCGCUUGGGUCCCCAUUGUGACCUCCACAUGCAACCCCAUUAUAAUCCUCACCAGAACAAGUGAUGUCAGAGUUGCUGUUCGAGCUGGUGUUCUUCGUCGACCUAUUCACCAGGGACCAUCUUCCUCUAGAAACUAAAUUUCAGUGUUUCAAGUUUUUAAAUGCGUGGGCUGUGUCAGUUUCCGUUUUAUUUUUCAUUUCAUCUUUUGUCAUGAUUAAGUCCAACCCAGAAACGUCGACCUCAUUCAGUUGUUUAUUCUUCAAGUAUUGAGGUUUCUCUGAUCAGCUCUACAUGAUUGCUUGGCGUUAUCAGUCUCGCUUCGAUUCGAAAAUUAUGAUAUGAACAAAUUUCUUCUCUCAACGAACUAUAACACCGCUUGAUCAGUGGUUUGUAAUUUGAUGUAACAUAAACGUUAUAC